UCUCCUCUUCGAAAUCUCCGAUCCAUCGAUGGCGAAGCAGGAACCAGCCCGAGUUCUCGUUACUGAUGCCGGAGGGCUGGUUGCAUUUGAUCUCGUUCAACAUAUCGGUAGCGGAAUGCUAGGUCCUGACCAGCCUAUGAUUGUACACCUGCUUCAUCGCGAGACUGAUGAUGUGGAGGAUUUGGAUGAUCUGAAGUUCAUUAUGACGCGCUAUCGUCUCAUUAAAGGUAUUGUUGCAACAACAGACGCUGAGAAGGCAUGCAGAAAUGUUGAAUUUGCUUUCCUGAUAGGAAAGGUUCCAAGUCAAACCAGAACCUUAAGAUCCCACACUUACAGUUUUAGUGAUUACAAGCUCCAGGCUACUGCUUUAGGAAAUUAUGCAGCUGCCAAUUGCAAGGUUUUGGUCAUUGCAUAUCCUGCAGAUACAAUUGCAUUGACUUUGAAGAGAUGUGCACCAUCCAUUCCUCCCAAAAACAUUACGUGUCUCACUAGACUGUAUUAUAAUUGUGCAUUGGGUCUGAUUUCGUCAACAUUGGAUGUUCCGAAUAGGGAUGUGAAAAAUGUUAUCGUAUGGGGAAAUCACUCGUCACCUCAACAUCUUGAUGUCAACCAUGCUACUGUUAAAACAUCGUCCGGUGAAUAUUCCGUGCGUGAACUCAUUAACAAUGAUGCAUGGUUGAAUGGAGAAUUUAUAGCUGAGUUCAAAAAAUGGGUUGAUAUAAGUAAUGGAACUGGGACAAUUAUAAAUGCAUCUCCUAUUGCCAAAGCUGCUUGCGACCAUUUCCGUGAUUGGGUGCUUGGAACACCAGAGGGCAAGUGGGUUUCCAUGGGGGUGUUUUCAGAUGGUUCUUACAAUGUGCCUAGAGACCUCAUCUUUUCCUUCCCAGUAACUUGUCGCAAUGGAGAAUGGACCAUCGUGCAAGGUCUCCCGCUUGAUGAGUUCUCAAGGAAGAAGAUCGAUUCGACAGUGGAAGAACUUAUGAAACAGCACUUGUUGAAUGUUGCCUCUGUUGAAGGCUAUCUUCAUGGGUAGUAUAGUGCUUGAUGCCCUCACCACCACCAUGCACAGUCCCCUUCCCCUCUUUUCUACGUUCCGUUUGUUUAAUUUCACUAUCUAAUGUUGAUAUUGAAACACUACUUUUCCUAUUAUAUGUGCUUAUUAUGAGUAUUCCUUUUGUAUAA